UAGCCAGGAAGGAAGAGAGUCAUAACAUACAUGUGUCAUAAUAUUAGAAUCCUUAUAAGUGGACUGUGAUUCAAGUAUUACCAUGUGGAUUAAGCGACAUGAAAUCGGACUUCAUAGUAAUUUCGAAUGACCACAUACUCCGUGAUAUGGAGGUAUUUAUGUACACACGUACGUACACACAUAUGAGGAUGAAGUUGAAACGGUUGAAAUCAUGUUGAAAUACUUGUGUUGAAUGCUGAGGUCAUAUUCAACUAGCAGCCAAACACGACAAUCGCAUGAAACAUGGCCACUGUCUAAUGAAAGUGUUGUGUUUUCGGCAAAGAAUUCACAGACUUUUUUAUGAGAAACGAAAACAAUUUAUAGUACCAAUCCAUAAAUGUAUUUCGAAAUUACGACAUCUAUAACACGAUCGAAUUGUUGAGAAUGGCUACGAAAAUAUUGGUCGAUAUUCAUAAUGAUGUUAAACUACUCAUUGCAGCGAUUACCGGAUUUGAGGAGGGAGAAGAAGGUUUCAGAAUUUGUGAAGCCUUUGCACUGUCUCAUGUGAAACACCAUCGCUAUCUGUCCAUAGACAGUCAUGCUAUUAAAAAAGGAAUUUCGGGGUUAACGAAGAAAUUUUCCAUCCAUGGGAAAUAUGAAGUCUCCAAAAAGUUUCAAGAUCUUGUAGACGUAUUCUUGUCAAGCUUUGAUUUUGAACACCAUCCUCAGUAUGAUUUACAGUGGUCCCUGCUCUCCUUUUUAUUAAAUCUUUCGUCUGAAACUAAUAAAUCAGAACUACAAUGCCUUGGGAUCCUGAAAAAUUCCAGAGCAGAGCAUAGCCUUCAUGUAAGCACAAGUAAUGAAACUGAACCCACAGAAGAAAUAGACUGGCGAGAAUACCUCAAGGAGGGGCAAGAUAUUUUUUUCUCAAACUACCACAGUGACGAUUCCAAAAAUGAAUGGUCGGAAGGUGACAAUGAUAGCGGAUCAGAGCCAGUAAUUCGCAGACCACCGAUUGAUCUGCCCGCAAAAGAAUUGGUGUGUGCCCCAAUUCCAGUGAAAAAAACACAAAGCACAUUAGACAAAUUGUCUCAAUGUUUGGCUGAUUCAGUUGAGUCAAAAAACUGGUUGAAAAAAAACGUACAAAACGAUUGGUGGACCACGAUCAAUUUCAACUAUUAUCCAGUGCACAGUCAAUUUCCGGAUGCCAUAUUCAGCCAGGCAUGGGACGAAAUGGCUUCUCUGGGAAUACAGCAGACUGGAACAUUGAGCGAGAAUCAGGUUUGCAGGGAAGUACUUUGGAUGUUUCAUUCCCCUGCGCAAAUGGCUCUAUUCCUGCAGAAUAUGCAGGCAAAAUUUUCUGUAAAACGAGACGUUUCAAUACCGAGCUUAUCUCAGAUUACAUUUAGCGGUAUUUUCUCAUCUUUAUGCGAAUGUUUUACAAUGGUCCGAGAACUGGAAACCUUUGGCAAUGGUUUGUAUCCAAAAUCCAACACAACCGAACUGUGUCGGCGUCCCGCGUUAACGUACGAAGCUUACCACAGCGCUGUAACCCAGCAUUUGAACAGACUGAGACAAGGGACCAUAGAACUUGAACGAAGGCUCAUAGAGCAAGAUCGCUGUGACACUCUGUUGUCAAUUCUAAACGAUCUUCAAAAGCAUUUGGAGAGUGUCAAAAUACUUUACGAGGUGCAUCAGUCCAUAAUAACGGAUUGGGAGUACCAAUCUAACUGGAGAUGUGCUUCCAAGUUACUGUCAGGGAUCUUUUUCCAAAUGCAAAACUCCAGCAACCGAGAAAAAGCAAACAUUUGCACUAAUCUGUACCUUCGAAGCCUCAGCGUAUACCUGAAUAUCAUCGAUACAUGGCUUAGCGAAGGGAGGUUCGAAGAUUGGAGAGAAGAAUUCGUCAUUGCCAAGGUACAGGAUAAUGCGGCUUUGGAGGAAGAAGAGCAAUACGACAAGUUCAUGCUGCGUCAGCUGGACCCAAUUUGCGCUAAUGAUCCAAUUAUGCAACUUUUAAUCCACAAAGUUCGUGAUAUGGGAAGAAGCAUCGAACUACUGGUUAACCUAGAUCGAAUACCAGACAUGUGGCGUUUGGUAAAAGACAGCCAUGUUCCCAGGAUAUCGUUGAACGCUGAAUUUCUAUCCAAAGUCAUCACCGAGUUCGACAAAUAUGGUCCAAACGAUCAGGAACAGGAAACGUGGAGUUUUGAAAGAACUGAAAUACUUGAAAUGGAUGCUGUCAACUCGGCAAUCGAACACAAUAUAUUUGAGCAUAUGACAAACACGAAUGAUCCGUUCCUCUUUAAAGGUUUCGAGGACUACCUACCCAUUCGUUCAGAAUCAUUCAGAAGUGGCGUUAUGGUUAGCAGGCAAAUGGACGCAAAUUUUGUCAGUGAUGGGGAAUUGGACGUUUUUGAAAGACUUCAGAGUGGUUCUUUUUCUAUCCUGCCAUCAAGGAGAAUUUUAAAGCUUGUUUUAUCCAAAAUAUUGGACUCGAGAUACCAAGGUGCGAAUAAACUGGUCAAAAACAUAAUGGUUGCCGAAUAUAAUCUGGAAAAACAUUUGAAGCUUAUGAGAUCCAUUUAUAUGAUGGAGACAGGACACGUCAUGAACAAAUUCUACCAAUUGCUCUUCACAGAGAUUGAAUCUAAUCCAACGUGGAACAACCCAAAUUCGUUAACAAAUAUUCUAGAGGAAAUAUUGGCACAGGAAUGGCCAGAAACAAGCUCUAAGUGGUCGGUUGUCGUCCAUGAAGUCCGUACUCAUCAAGUCCUAACUGCAAUUGAUAAAAUCACUUUGCAUUACGCUAUUGGCUGGCCUAUCUGCAUGGUUCUAAACGCAGAUAUCCUCCUUAAGUAUAACGAUAUCUUCAGGUUCCAACUAAAACUGAAGUGGGCACUUUGGACGCUUGAUCACCUGCGAUUCAGUGAUCUUGAGGGUCAGAAGACUGAGCUGAUGACCGACAGACUUCAGCACUUCCAAGCACGACGACUCGAAUCUUUGCGCUUCUGGCUCAUACAUGCAAUCGGGUCAAUCCAUUCGUACUUGUCUGGCCAAGUUUUGCAGACUUUAGGAUUUAUGCUGGACAGAGCUCUGUCUGAGGCUGAUAACUUGGAUACUAUAAUCAGAGUGCAUAACGAAUAUUUGGGAAAUGUUUACGAGCACUGUCUCCAGACCCCACAGUUCGAAGAUCUAACAACAACUAUAACCAACCUAUUAGAGAUGUGCACGCAUGUUCGUGACCGUUGGAAAAGAGGAGCGGAGAAAAUAAUUGGUUCUGAUUUGGAUAUGAUGGAAAACAGCUACAUAAAAUAUCACACUUACCUAGCACUGGCUCUCCACAACGCUGUGCAACACAAAAAUGCUGAUUAUUAUAAGUUAACGCAGCUACUACAAGCUCGGUGCUUUGGUUCCUUCAACAAUGACUUGAAAGACGCUGAAUACGAGCUGGAAGAGAUGGAAGUUGAUCCUAACCAUCAGAUGAGCGAGCUUAGUAGAAAUCUACUUACUGAAGUCGCUUAUCAGAGUUUGCCUCCCUCUGGAAUUCCGGUACCAAUUCCCAAGUACGUACAUGAUUAUCAAGGAGAGAAAUCAGGAGCUGAGAACUCAAGGGUGUGUAUAUCACUUUGCCAUUGCAGAAACCGUAAAAACCUUCAACAAUGAGAAAUAGGUGGAUUGUAAUGUGGAAAAUGAACCCCUUACUAUUCGAGAUUGUGUUACGUGAUUUUUUUAAAUUAAGUUUAGCCGAUCAAUUGCAUGAUGAGCUUGAUGUGAACGACUAGAACCAGAUGUUUUCAUACUUACGGUGCUACUACCAUGAUGAACAACUGAAAACAAACGCAAUAAAUACUCGCGUGGAUUCCUUUUGCGAUGGACCGGAUGAAAUUAUUACAGAAGUAGAGAAAGAAAAGUUAUGAAUUAUCUGAGAGCAUCAAAUUGUUGAAAUAGUCAGAGAGAGUACCCUAGAAAGUUUUGCCGUUUGGUUCGAUAUGAUUUUAAAGAUACACAGGCUGGUACCGUUAAAGUCUGUAUUACACAUGCAAGUAUUAUUUCAAUAACUUUUCAUACAAUUUUAUUUCUGUAGAAUACGUUGCGGUGAAUAAUGUGAACAUGAUAAUAAUAUAAGCUCGUAUGAAAAGCGAGCUCAAAGAUCUAACUUUUUUCUGGGGUGAUAAUAACAUGUCAUGUAAAUUAACAAGCAUAAACACCUCUGGUACAGCUAUACGUAAGUAAGACACUUAUUUACAUGAUAAUAUGAUUAACCGUAUGUUAAGGGUACUUACAGUUUGAAGUAAGCGAGUUGUUCAUUUACAUUGUAUAAAUCUACAUGAAAUAUUUAAUAAUAACAAAUUUCUAUACUCACAAGGCUCAACCCUACCGUUGUAAAUACGCACCAGAAAUCUGUUUGUAACAAGCAGGCAUUAGAAAGGUCUGUAAUCGAAAGGUUGAAUAUUAAUAUGCUUAUGUCAUCAAUUUUAUGGUUUUUUUUGUGGUAUGUUUAAUAUGCAUUAACACAUUAUGCAAUCAAUAUGACAGCUGAGUAUGAAAUCACCACUCACAAAUGUUCUAACUUAAUUGCUUCAUUUUUAUUUCCAGAUUAUCAAAGUAAUUUCGAAUGCGUGGUUUUUCACUCUUGAUACUUAUUCUUGAUGGUAAAUUGUUAAUGCAGUAGAUCAAAGUACAUAAACACAUAAAGCAUCAAUAUUGCAUUUCCUAUUCCAUGUCAAUGAUUCCCUACGAGUCCGUUGUUGGAGUUAACUUUUCUAGAACUGAGCGAUGAAAAGAAACAAGAAAAAAAAUCAAAGUGAUUCCCUGCUUACUGGAAAAUAGUAUAAUAAAAAAAAAACCUACUUUUGUUUGGUUUCUACUUUCUACA